CUGCACUGAAUCAAAGACGUCUUCUCCAGAUCUGAUACUCCUGAUUCUAAAUGCUGUUUUUAUCUGACCAGUUCAAGUUUGAUUUUUCACCAUCAGUCGGUUGGUUUCAGGCUGAGAUAUCUCAAGAGUUACUGGUUGGACUGGGAUGAAAUGUGGUUCAUUCCUGUCCCCUCUAGGAUGAACCGUACUAACUGUGGGGACCCUACUCAUGUCACACCAUCAGCAGGGCAGCAUGUUAAUGUUAGGUAAUGCAGACUUUCCCCUCAGCCUCGGCUGGACACAGCAUUUACUGCUAUUAGCUAACAUUAGCAUGCUAACCUGCUGCACUGUGAGCAUGGUAGCCACUACACCUGUUGCAUCUGAAGAUGUUAAACCUUCCAUCUUUAGACCUCGUGGUCCAGUUCCUCUCAGGCUGAAGCUGUAUGUGCAGUGCACAUCCUCCCACGCAGCCACACAGCACUGUGACACACGUGGAGAGGUUUCCAUCUCAGCACUGAUGUUUCUGACCUUUCUGUGCAGCACAACAGCACUCUGCCAGUGCACUCAUGAGUGGUCGAGGGACAUAGACUCAGAGAGAGAGAGAGAGCGCUAUCAUGGGAAAUGAGGAAUAGGUUUAAUUAAUUCAGCGAGAGCUGUAACACACUCUCUCUCUCCUGCUGUCAGUUUACCUCUCUCGCCCUCGCUCUCUGUUAUAUAACUCUAUGUGUUUGCUCUCCUGCAGACUCUCCAGGGACAAACAGGAUGAAGUGAACUGUGUGUUGUAGCAUUGACAGCUGCUCGCCCCCUCGGGGACUUGGACUGUGUUACGGACAAACGGGCUUCACCUCAUUCUAAACCUUUAUGCUUGACUGCACGAGACAUCCUGGUAACUGCAGGCAGUGAACCAGCUGUGGAUCUGUAUGGAGGCGGGAGCACGCUGAUGCUAGUGCAGCGCAGACAUCGGCCCAUUAGCAUCAAUGUGUCCUCUCAGCUCGGAUGUUCUACACAGUCUGAUAACCCAGUGACAGCGAGACAGAAUGUGGUGUCUCAGCUACACCCCCCCAUGACCCUCUGCUGCCUACGAUCCUCCUGUUGUUACUCCAGCUUCUCCACCCUGUGUUGUCAUAGUUUCGUCCCCACCUGCCACCUAGCGACAAGUGCACGUACAAUAAUUGCAAGUGCAGAAGUGUCACCAGAGAAAUGUAGUUAAAUUCAUCAUUUUGACUCAUAGCUGAUUCUCUCUGACAUCAUUAGGUGGUUGUUAUAUACAGCCAGCCAGUGGUUCCCAACCUAGGGGUCGGGCCCCUCCAGAGGGACCUGUAGAGUCAUUUGGUCCAAGCUCCACCUGCUGCACCAGACAAGAGAGUAGUUUCAGUGGUAGUAACGUAGACAUUAUUUUAAUUCUGGAUUAACAGGCUAUAAAAAUGCUCAGCUGCUGAGUGUUAUUAACAGUUUAUGGUCAGGGUUUGACAGAUGAGUGUUGGACCUGCUCCUGGCUGCAGAGGCCUUUGUACUGAGCGGGAGAACACCAUACAUGUCCAUAGUCUUUGGUGAUGAAGGCAGGUGGUACAGAUUUACAGCCAGGUGAGGCUGGUUUUACCUGCUGCCACACUGCUCUGUGAUUGGCUGUCUGCUGAGUACUGUUGAGGUCAUUUGAUGGCAGUGUCAGAAGUUUUAGUGUUGCUUCUAAAGAGGAGAGCGGCUGUGGUCACCGUGAGCCAAGUGGAUUAUCUUUUAUGGCACAGAUCUGAAGGUCUACUGUAAUCGGUGCCCACCAGCCACAGGAUGUUGUUGUUAGCUAAGCCUGGUUAAGAUCAUCACGGGAAAAAUAUGGUCGAUAUCAGAGUCCUGAUUCCUCCGACUCUGAGUUUCAAGUCGGGGGGUGACAUGAAUGGUUUGUCCUGCUCGGGUUAGGGUCAGGGCUAUAACUACAGCAUGUGCUACCAUAUCUACCCAUAAAUGAACAUUAACACUGUUCAUACUCCUGGAGAUUGUCUGAUUAACGCUCAGUAAAUCUCAUACAACAGCAGAAAACAGGUGUAGCUGAGUGUGAGCGGCGUCAUGUGCUCCGAGUGUUGGUUGUGGGUUCUGCUACACUUUGGUUUGUAUUUGGAUCCUGGAUGUAAAUAAGUCCGUGAUGGAAGUGAGUGUCAGUGUUUGAUCUUCACUUAAACCUGUAAGUAACUAAAUGUUUCAGCUUGAAACAAAUUUGACUCGUCGUCUCUGCAGGAAGUGAUGUAAUAUCCAUGUUCUGGAGCAUGUGACUGUGUGGAUGAGAUGGUCGCUAUAGCUACAGCUACAGUUUCCUAGAUGAACGGAUCUGAAGGAGAGCUGGAGUAUGAGGAGAUCACACUGGAGAGGGGUAACUCUGGCCUGGGCUUCAGCAUCGCUGGAGGAACCGAUAAUCCUCACAUCGGAGACGACCCGUCCAUCUUCAUCACCAAGAUCAUCCCUGGAGGAGCCGCCGCCCAGGACGGACGCCUCAGGGUGAAUGACAGCAUUGUGUUUGUCAAUGAUGUGGAUGUCCGUGAGGUCACUCACUCCAUCGCCGUGGAGGCGCUGAAGGAGGCGGGGCCUGUCGUUAGGCUGUACGUCCUGCGACGACGCCCACCGAGCGAACGCAUCACACAGAUCAAACUGAUGAAAGGACCGAAAGGUCUAGGCUUCAGUAUAGCCGGCGGUGUGGGGAACCAGCAUGUUCCUGGAGAUAACAGCAUCUACGUCACCAAGAUCAUCGAGGGUGGAGCGGCACACCGUGAUGGACGGCUACAGAUUGGGGACAAAAUACUGGCUGUGAACCACGUGUCUCUGGAGGACGUCCUGCAUGAAGACGCUGUAUUGGCCCUGAAGAACACAGGGGAGGUGGUCUACCUGAAGGUGGCCACACCUACCUCGCACUACAUCCACCCCGCUGACCGCUACAGCCCCCCCGACCUGACCAGCUCCUACAUGGAGCCUGACUACAUGUGUGAUUACCCACAAGCCCUUCCUCCUCCAUCACCUCGACGAUACUCGCCUAUCCCCCGCGGCAUGAUGGGAGAGGACGACUACUCCAGAGAGCCCCGCAGAGUCUGUGUGCAACGCGGGUCGACCGGUCUGGGCUUCAACAUCGUGGGUGGAGAGGACGGAGAGGGAAUAUUCAUCUCCUUCAUCCUCGCAGGAGGACCAGCAGACCUGAGCGGAGAGCUCCGGAAGGGGGACCAGAUCCUCAGUGUGAACGGUGUGGAUCUCAGGUACGCCACACACGAGCAGGCGGCAGCAGCACUGAAGAACGCUGGGCAGACCGUUACCAUAAUAGCACAGUACAGACCUGAAGAGUACAGUCGCUUUGAAGCAAAGAUCCAUGACCUGAGGGAGCAGAUGAUGAACAACUCGUCUGGGAGUCUGAGAGCCAACCGCACCUUCUAUGUCAGGGCGCUGUUUGACUACGAUAAGCAGUGGGACUGCGGCGUCCUGUCACAAGCUCUGGACUUUAAUUUCGGGGAGGUUCUUCACGUGCUGGACAGCGGCGACGACGAGUGGUGGCACGCCAGGCGGGUGAACCAGCAGGGGGAGCUGGAGGAGCUGGGCUACAUCCCGUCCAAACACAGAGUGGAGAGGAAGGAGUGGUCACGGAUGAAGAGUAAAGGCAGAGAAGGCUUUGUUCACAGCUACGAGCUCGUUACUCAGAUCAAAGUGGACUACGCUCGCCCUGUCAUCAUCCUGGGGCCAACCAAAGACCGGGUCAACGACGACCUCCUGUCUGAGUUCCCAGACAAGUUUGGCUCCUGCGUCCCUCACACAACGCGCCCUCAGAGGGACUACGAGGUUGAUGGGCGGGACUACCACUUUGUGGCGUCACGGGAACAGAUGGAGCGAGACAUCCAGUCGCAUCGCUUCAUCGAGGCGGGGCAGUACAACAACCACCUGUACGGGACAUCGGUACAGAGCGUCAGACAGGUGGCCGAGCAGGGGAAACACUGUAUCCUGGAUGUGUCGGCCAAUGCGGUGAGGAGGCUGCAGGCGGCUCAGCUCCACCCCAUCGCCAUCUUCAUCCGACCUCGAUCCCUGGAGAACAUCCUGGAUCUGAACAAGUGUCUGUCAAAGGAUCAGGCAAGGAAAGCUCUGGACCGAGCCAUCAAACUAGAACAGGACUUCCUGGAGUGUUUCACAGCCAUCGUGCACGGCGACAGCUUCGAGGAGGUCUACCACCUGGUCAAAAUCGUCAUCGAGGAGCAGAGCGGCCCUUACAUCUGGGUCCUCACCCAUGACAGGCUCUGAUUGGUCAUUACCUGCCACAGGUGCUGUCUCCCAGGAACCCGACUGAACCCUACUGUAUGUUUUCAUCAUUUUUGUUUCUUUCUAUGGAAGGGUGACGAGUGAGCGGCGUGACUGGUUGGAUGCUGUAACCGUGCCAACCAAGAGAUGGACCUGUCUCAUUCUCCACCUGUCUGAGCAUCAGAGGAAAAGAAGGAGACAGACGGGUGAUUGAUUAAUUAUGUGUUGAUUCAAUAAUCCUGUAUUAUCAGUAAAUAAUGAAUCACAGACUAUAGAGUUCACUUGGUACUGAAGUAUUUAUAUCUUCAUAUUUAUUGAUUUGAUCUAUUUAUUUAUUUAUGUGGUGUGAAAAUGGUGAGUGUGUGUGUGCGUUUGUGUGUAGUGUACAUAAAGACUUGUGUGACUGUAAAUAAAACGAUGGGGCUCAAACACACAGUCUAUUCAGGGCUUAAAGUAUCCAACAACUACUGGACUACAUCGCCCAUAUUCCACCUCUGCCUGGACUACAACACCCACAAUCCUC